UGACAACCCUGGCAGUAGUCGACAAAAAAAUUUAUAGAUAGAAUAUGAUGUUGUCAAAACCGCCUGAAAGAUAGUGGAAUUCGGGUUAAUUUUAUAUUUAGAUCACGCUGCGGCCAAGUGAGAUGUGCUAGCCGAUAAGAUAAGAUGAUGGCCCUGGGCAGAAGUGCCUCCUUGGGCGCCCUUUUCACCUGCUAUCCCGCUGCACCUUUCCCCGCCAGCGUCCUUCGCCUGAAUACCUCGACGAAAACAAUAACAAACGGGCAAACAGAUGUUCGACUCCUGUUACGUAACCUUGCGAAAUUGGCGCAAAAUUCAACGACGCUGGGCAGAGCAGCGCCGGCAGCUGUGGGGAUAGCAACACGUGAGGUGAAUCCACUUUCGCAACAACAGACAAGCAGGCGCUUUCACAUUUCGACCAAAGGAAACUCAAGGUAUUCGGCCAGCACCAUCAUGACAUCGUACCACAAGGAGCUGCUCCUAGCUGAUUAUGAUAUAGUGGGAUUCGAUCUGGAUGGGACACUGCUGCGGUACAAUCUACACGAGAUGUCCGCGCUGAUAUAUCAAGUUCUCAAGCAGUUCCUGGUGGAGGAAAAGGGAUAUGGCAAGGAGCUUUUGGCUCAGCCGCUCAAUGUGGACUUCCUGCAGAAGGGACUGUUCCUUGACGGACCGCGUGGAAAUGUCCUGAAGCUGAGCAACGAGGCUCAGGUUCUGCGUGCCACCCAUGGCACCCGUCUCCUUAGCGAUGCGGAAAUCGAGAGUAUUUACGGAACCGAUCGAAAAUGGGAAAUCACCACCGCCUUUUACGAGGAUCCCCUCUCCACUUGGAAUGGCGCUGCCUCCACGCAAAUGCGUUCCCUACUAGAUUUCUUCGAUAUGCCCAGUGCUUUGGUGUUUGCCCAGGCAGUUGAUCAGGUCGAUAGGAAGAAGAAGCCGCUGGCAGGAGAGGAAUACCAGGUCUGGCAGGAUGUACAGGCGGGUCUAAUGCACAUCUUUAGUCGCGAGCACUUUGGAAACGAUAAGAGUUUGUAUUUCAAGAGCAUGCGAGCUGAGCCCAGCAGGUUUGUGCUUUCUACGGACGCCAGCGUGCUCAACUGGUUGAAGAAACUGCGGAAAGCGGGCAAGAAACUGUUCCUACUCACCGGUUCCAAUGUAGAUUUUGCCAACUUAACGGCAACGCAGGCUCUGGGCAAGGAUUGGAGGACGUACUUUGACUUCGUGGUGACCUACGCAAAAAAACCGGGUUUCUUUACCAUACAGCGGCCAUUCAUGCACGUGGAUGUUGACCAACUGGUAGAGCUUCCGCAGGAGGCGGCUGAGAUUAAGGUGGGCGAGGUUUACUCUCAAGGCAACUGGCACCAGUUGCAUGCGGCAAUGGCUAAGAUGCUACAAAAAGAUCCAUCUAAGGCCAAGGCACUGUAUUUCGGAGACAAUAUAGUCCAGGAUGUUUACACACCAGUCAAACACCGCGACUUCGACGCUGUUGCCAUUGCUGAGGAGCUGCUUCUGGAGGAUGGUAAGUACCCCUAUGCCGCCGAGCUGGAUUCCCAGCUUUGGGGACCCUAUUUCGCCUUGGGCUGCACUCCCACCCUAUGGGCCAGCUUCAUCAGCAGCUACGCCCAGUUGUGUGUGCCCUCGGUGGAGCAAGUAGCACAGACUUCGCCCGAGGAGCGGAUCGUCUGCUCCAAUCCAUACGGCUUCAGUCCUCGGCUGCCCAAGGAACUGGAAACUGUGCAGAUUAAGAGCUGCUGGCGGGGAUGAUUCAGCCCGCCCUGCUAUCAUCUUCCUGGAGACAAUAAACGACACGCGACCCGGCGGCGCAGUUAAUCCGAUAACGCUUCUUUCAGCUGGAAGCUCUUCAAAAUUGUUACGUACAAAACAAUUGUAUUCAAUAAUAGCAAUAAACAAUGCAAAGUUCUGAAUUAUUCAA